AUGUUGAACAAUUUCAUUACAAUCACACCUAGAAAAAUUUUGCAGAAUAUAUUUUUGCUCAACUUUAAAAUUCAAGAAAAUUUCAGAAAAACACUGCUAGAAAUAUAAGUGCUAUUAACUCAAGCAAGAACUUUACAUCUUCUCAUACAGCUUAAAACUCCUGCAACUUUGAACAAAAUUGUGAGUAUUAUUGCUUUGCCAAAAACUGAGAAAGAAGAAAUCUCAAAGGACUGCAUGGUCAUGGGUUGGGGCUGGAAGAAAUACCAUGAAGAGUCUCCAUCAAAUGUGCUCAAAGAAGCAAACGUGACUCUGACAGACUCUGAAAACUGUGGCACGGCUGACACUCUGUGCUCUAAGGGAUCAACUGGACCAGCACUGGGAGACUCUGGGGGUCCACUUGUUUGUGGAGGUGUUGCACAGGGAAUUGUGUCUUUUUCCAAAAACAAGAGGAAUGCAGACCACCUCACAGAAUACACUCAUAUAUCCCACUACCUUUCAUGGAUUCAGAGCAUAAUGAUGCUUGACGUGCCAGAUAUGUUAGAUCAAGUCUCCCGGCCAGGAAUGUUAGAUCCAACCCCCGGACAUUUGACCCCAAAACCUGAUAAAAACCAAGUCCUGUCUGGUACCCAAAAUUUUUACUUCAGUUUGUCUAGAACCCUAACCUAUAUUGAAUCAUAUAUCAGCCAAAAAGUUGAUUAAGAUAACAAGGGAGGAGCAGAA